UUAUUCUCAAAGACUUUAAAUUGUUCCAAAUGACAAGCGCUUCUUGUGCGUAAUUUCUAAGUUUCUUCCCCCUCAAGGAAACAAAAAAAGUUAAAAUUUUAACCCUCAUUUUUGAAAUGGUUCGAAAGAAUUGACAGUUCCCUGCAGUUGCUCCUUCAGUCUGCUAUUUAUCAUCUCAUCUGCUGUCAGUGGCAAAGCAAUUUCACGAUGGCCGAGCUGUUCGCGGGAGCUGCCGUGGGACUUGCCUUCACAGUGGUUUAUGAAGGCGGUAAAUAUAUAUAUAAAGUUACAAGAGCAGUGACCUCAAGGAACUUGAGGAAACUCUGAAUGCUUUGUUGCCGACCCUCCAUGAGAUACACGAAGUGAGUUUGGAAUCGUCAUCGGACGCGUGGGUGCCAAGAAUUCAAGAGUUCCAAAAGAAGCUCGAACAGGCACAAAAUCGCAAGAGAAGCCUAAAUCCAUUCAAGCAGGUAGCUCACGGUAAGAAGAUGGAGAAGGAGAUCACCAAAUUCACGCAACAUGAACUUGUGCCCACAAUGGCAUUGAAUCAAAUUAAAUUGCUGAAUUGUUCCCAAGAUAUGAAGGAUUCUUUCUCCACCCAACUGGAAAUUUUAUGUGGGUUAAUACAAAAUUUAAGCUUGGAGCAAGAAAUUCGUUUCAACAAUGUAAUCUCCAAAUUUGAUGAACAACUUGCUGAUUUUGCUGGGCAAAUAUGCGAGAUUUCACAGCGGGAUCGGGAACUCUGUCCUCCCCCAGAUAUGCCUAGCUGCUUGGUGGGAUUCGAUAAGCACGUGAUGGAAUUGAAAAAGUUUGUUUUGGAGGACGGACUGGACGUGGUUGGAGUUACAGCAAUUGGCGGAGCUGGAAAAUCAACACUUGUUACAGCCCUUUGCCAUCAUCCUGAAAUCCAAGAGAACUUUAAGGAGAGAAUAAUAUACAUAGUGGUUUCAGAAAGCCCAGAUCUCCUAACUAUCCUGAAGACCAUGUGGCGAAACAUUGUUGGUGGCCCAGAACCUCAUUUUGCAAAUGUUGAGGAAGCCCGUAACAAAUUGCAAUGGCAAAUAAAGUCAAGAAGAAAUGAAUCUAUUCUGGUGGUAUUGGAUGAUAUUUGGAAGUUUUCUCACUUGUCAGAACUGUUAUUCAAAGGGGGGCAAUACAUGACUAUAGUAACCACCAGAGAUAAAAAGAUCAUCCAGUGCAUCCCACCCUGGUUCAACAAAGGCCACUAUCCGCUACCAUCCUUGCAAGAGGAGCAUGCCCUGUCACUUUUCUGCUGCUGUGCUUUUGCCAUGCCUACCAUUCCAGAUACACAUAAUGAAGAACUGGUCAAACAGGUACAAGCAGAGUGUGAUGGUUUGCCACUAGCUCUUCAGGUAAUUGGGAGCUCUCUGAAUGGUGAGCCCGACUGUGUUUGGGAAGCUACUAGGGAUGCGCUUGCAAGAGGAGAAAUUUCAGAUGAUAAUCAGAUAAAUGUCCUUCUUAAGCGCUUGGAAACAAGCAUAAAUGUCCUGAAUCCUGGUAAAAAACAGUGUUUCUUGGAUCUGGCUGUAUUCCCAAAAGGACGAAUCAUUCCUGCAAAUGUAUUGUUAGACAUUUGGGUGUAUGUCCGUCAAAUGAGACGGAAUGAGGCUAUUCUUCGUUUACGAAAUUUUGAAGCUCGUAAUCUAUUGGACUUGAAGAGGGAUCCCUGGACCCCAGAAAGCACAGAUGACUGUAUGAAUAGUUAUUCCUUUUCCCAACAUGAUGUAAUGAGACAAUUGGCUCUGUUUUUGGCGGAGCAGGACAAUAAGAUUCGUUUUAGGAGACUGUAUAUGCCUCUAAAGCAAUCUGAAUUACCCCCAGAGUGGCAAACAGACGAAAACCAUUCAUCUAGAGCUCAGAUUAUUUCCAUUCACACAGGGGCAAUGAAGGAUACACAAUGGCCCGGAAUGGAGUUCCCUGAGGCGGAAGCUUUGGUUUUAUAUUUCAGUGCAAGUGAAUAUUGCAUUCCAACAUUUUUGGAUAGAAUGACAAAACUCAAGGUUCUGAUAAUCCAUAAUGACAAUGCAAAACGAACCAAGCUCAGUGGACUGGCUGGUUUCCAAGAACUUUCUCAGCUUAAAAUUCUGCAUCUUGAAAAGCUAAUGGUUCCUCCUCUACAUGAGGACUGCAAAGGCUUGAAGAGUUUGCAGAAAAUAUAUCUGAGUCUAUGUGAAGGGCUUGGUAAGGAUAAAAUGUUCAACUUGCCUGCGCUUUUAGAAUUUAACGUGGACCACUGUAGUGAUCUGGAGGAGUUGUCUGCAGGAAUCUGUUCCUCAAAAUCCCUGGAAAUUUUGUCAAUUACUCAUUGCCAUAGCCUUGUAAAGUUACCUGAUGAUUUGGGCAAGCUUGAAUCACUGAAGGAGAUAAGAUUGUGUCAAUCUCCAGGCUUGAAAGGGCUGCCACCUUCCAUCUCGAGUCUUGGAAAGCUAGAAUUGCUUAACAUCUCAUCGUGCAUGGGUUUGAGGGUGUACAAGAGUAAAAGCCCUGAAUUGAAGAAAACCCUUCAGUCAGUAGCCCAACUGGCAUCCCUAAAAAAGGUGAUUUGUGAUGAGGACAAUGAGCAGCUGUUCAGAAAGGGCUCCAAGUCUGGUCUUAAAGUUGAAGCUGUGGAAGAAGAAUUCAAUUUGAACUGGCUUUAUUGGGGAAUAUCUUGAAUCAAGGGGAUAUAGAAAGAUAGAUUUUUUACAGAUACUGUUUGGAAAUUAAGGUGUACAUGUAAUAAAUUAAGGUAGAUUUUUGACAGAUACUGUUUGGAAAUUAAGGUGUACAUGUAAUAAAUUAAUUGUUAGUUAAAUAAUUAGUCGAGGGAAAUUGUUUCUAGAAAAUAAGACUCUAUAAAGUCAUGAUGAAAUGUAAUGAGAAGAUGAAUGCUCGAGAAGGCAUUAUAUUAUUUCAUGUUACAGCCAUGGUUUAA